AAUCCACCAUUAACACUCUCUCAACAAUCAUGGACCACCGUCCUCCGCCGUAUCUCCCUCUCAUUUUCCUCCUAUUCUUCCUAAUCUCCGCCGCUGCUCUUCCUUCAGAGCUUCUUUCGCUUCUCGCUCUAAAAUCAUCUCUAAAAGAUCCUCUCGAUACACUCCAUGACUGGGAGUGGGAUCCAUCUAAACCUGGAACUCAGUGCUCGUGGUCCGGUGUCAAAUGUGACCCGAAAACAAACCGGAUUAAUUCGUUGGACAUCUCUAACCGGAAUCUCUCCGGGACGAUUCCACCGGAGAUCAGAUACUUAACCAGCUUACGUUAUUUAAAUAUCAGUGUGAACCAAUUUGCCGGACCUCUCCCUGUCGCAAUCUUCGAGUUGUCAUCUCUUCAAACUCUUGACGUUAAUCACAAUCUUUUCAGUUCAGUGUUUCCGUCAGGAAUUUCGAAAUUGAAGCAUCUUACAUUCUUCGAUGCUUACAGUAACAGCUUCACGGGGCCAUUGCCGACGGAGUUUGUUCGGUUGAGGUUACUCGAACAUCUUAAUCUCGGUGGAAGCUACUUUGAUGGUGAGAUUCCUAAGAGUUAUGGUGGGUUUGAAAGAUUGAAGUUCUUACAUCUCGCUGGAAACAGCCUCCGUGGUCAAAUUCCAGCCGAGUUAGGAGUUUUAACGUCGCUCGAGCAUUUAGAAAUUGGAUACAAUGCGUUCUCCGGUGGAGUUCCAAUGCAGUUUGGUUUGAUGUCUAAUUUGACAUUACUUGACGUUUCUAGCGCCAGUCUUUCUGGUGAGUUUCCGAUUGGUGUUACAAACUUGACGAAGCUGGAGACAUUGUUAAUUUUCAAAAAUAAUCUUCACGGCGAAAUUCCGGCGGCUAUCGGCAAAUUGCAAUCAGUCGAGAUUCUAGAUUUGUCGAAUAAUAACUUUUCAGGGAGCAUACCGGAGGAAAUUUCAUUGCUGAGGAAUCUUACGGAAUUGAGUCUAAUGAACAAUAGACUUACCGGAAGCAUUCCUGAAGGAGUAGGCGAGCUUCCGAAGCUCGAGUAUCUGUUUCUGUGGAAUAAUUCUCUCACCGGAAUUCUGCCACAAAAGUUAGGCUUAAAUUCAAGGUUACAGAGACUCGACGUCUCUUCUAAUUCUCUCUCCGGUCCAAUUCCGCCGAAUCUAUGUCUCGGCAACAAUCUAUUGAAACUCAUUCUCUUUUCAAACAAGUUUUCCGGCGAGCUUCCACCUUCUCUGGCGAAUUGCACUUCGUUGUACAGGUUCCGCAUCCAAUAUAACAGAUUGAACGGACCAAUUCCCAUCGGAUUUGGGAGUUUACCUAACAUCUCUUUCAUGGAUAUGAGCGAGAACAAUUUCUCGGGACCAUUUCCGGGGGAUUUACUCAAUGCAGCUAAACUAGAGUAUCUAAAUGUAUCAGAAAAUUCGUUCGACAGCACGUUGCCAGAAAAUAUCUGGAAAGCUCCAAGUUUACAGAUAUUUUCUGCAAGUUACAGUAAAUUCAAAGGGGAUAUCCCACAAUUUAAAGGCUGUGAAAACUUCUACAAGAUCGAGAUGGAAGGGAACGAAUUGAGUGGUAGCAUUCCUUGGGAUAUCGAUCACUGUGUGAAGCUAAUUUCUCUCAACCUACAACGUAAUUCAAUUUCGGGCAUCAUUCCAUGGGAAAUUUCGUCUCUUCCCUCCAUAACCGAAGUUGAUUUAUCGCAUAAUCUUCUUACCGGUACUAUUCCUUCUGUUUUCGGGAAUUGCAGUACAUUAGAAGGUUUCAACGUUUCCUAUAACCAGCUAACCGGGCCGGUCCCUGCAUCUGGAGUUGCAUUUUCAAGCCUGCAUCCUUCUUCAUUCGCCGGAAACGAAGGACUUUGCGGCGGAGUCAUUCGUAAACCCUGCCGGACAGAAACUGAACCGGAGACAAAACCACAACACCCCAAAAAAACCGCCGGAGCCACCCUGUGGAUCGUCGCCGCAGCAUUUGGCGUCGGUCUCUUCAUCCUCGUCGCCGGAAUCCGAUGCUUCCGUGCAAACUACCAACAACGAUCCGUGGUGGAGGAAACGGAAACAGGGCCGUGGAAACUAACCGCUUUUCAACGCUUGAAUUUCACAGCUGAUGACGUGGCAGAGAGCUUGUCGAUGACAGGUAAAAUCAUAGGGACGGGAUCCACAGGGACCGUGUACAAAACAGAGAUGCCAGGUGGCGAAAUCAUAGCCGUUAAAAAGUUACGCGGAAAGCACAAGGAGACAAUCAGAUUAAGGAAAGGUGUGUUGGCUGAGGUGGAAGUGUUGGGUAACGUGAGGCAUAGGAAUAUAGUGAGAUUGUUGGGGUGUUGCAGCAACAGGGAAUGUACCAUGCUCCUCUAUGAGUAUAUGCCUAAUGGAAGUUUAGAUGAUCUACUUCAUGGAAAAAACAAAUGUGACAAUUUGGUAGGGGAUUGGUUCACAAGGUACAAAAUCGCGUUGGGGGUGGCACAGGGGAUCUGCUACCUCCAUCAUGACUGUGAUCCGGUGGUUGUACACCGUGAUCUGAAGCCAUCCAAUAUUUUAUUGGACGGCGAUAUGGAGGUAAGGGUGGCAGAUUUUGGUGUGGCCAAGUUGAUCCAUUGUAACGAAUCAAUGUCUGUGAUUGCAGGGUCCUACGGCUAUAUAGCCCCUGAAUAUGCUUACACUUUACAAGUCGAUGAGAAAAGUGACAUAUACAGUUUUGGGGUAUUGUUAAUGGAACUCAUAAGCGGAAGGAGAUCGGUUGAGUCUGAAUUUGGGGAGGGUAAUAGCAUUGUGGAUUGGGUGAGGUCAAAAAUCAAGAGCAAAGAGGGUGUAAAGGAGGUGCUAGAUAAUAAUGCAGGUGGUUCAUGUAGUUCAGUAAGGGAGGAAAUGAUGUGCCUAUUGAAGAUAGCGUUGUUAUGUACAAGUAGAAACCCGCCGGAUAGACCUUCGAUGAGAGAUGUGGUGUCCAUGUUGCAAGAAGCCAAACCCAAGAGGAAAUCACCAGAUGACGGUGGUAGAGUGGUGGUUAAUGUUGGUGGUAAACCUCCGGUACAAAAGUCUAGUGGUUGAAUGUUAAUAAAAUUUCUUCUUUCUUUGUUCUAAGGGGUGGGGAUUGGUUUGGUAUAGAAGUAUUCUUUUUCUUUUUUGGGUGUCAAUGAAAAAUCC